AUGAUAUUAAAUACCACCAGCUUUCUGCUUAUUCUAGUCUGUCAGGCAUGGGGCCAAUCAAUAAAGAUAAGGAUACCAGUAUGGGAUGCUUCCACAAUAUUUUCGAGGCUGACUGGAAUCGGAAUAAAUUCAGGAAACACUAAUAAUCAAAAUCCAUCAAACCAGGCGAAUAACAAUCAACAGAAUGUCGAAUACAACGAUUAUUUAAAUAACUAUUAUAAUAAUUAUUGGGCGAGUGCAUACCAAAACGUUGCUAAUUAUGACCCUUAUGGGUAUUAUAGCCCGUACGGACCUUACGGAUCAUAUGCUCCAGGUCAAUACCAGACUAUAACAACACCGACAGUCACACAAACAACAACUCCGAUGGUUCCAACGACAACAGCGGUUAUUUCAACAACUGAAACGCCGAUUUGUGCAGUCUUUCCUCACCUUCCAGCGUGUCAAACAUCAACAAGCGCUACAUCAGAUUCGACGACAUCAUCCACACCCAUGACCACGUCCACCACAACAACCGAAAGGAUAACAGCAUCCACAUCGUCCACCACAACUACAUCAACGGAGUUGUCGACCACAUCCACGGCAAUUCCGACUUCCACAACUAGCGAAAGCACAUCCACGGCGAUCCCAACAUCCUCCACAACGGACUCUACGACAACGUCCACCACAAGUCCAUCAACGGAGUCAACGACAACAUCCACGGCAAUUCCGACUUCCACAACUAGCGAAAGCACAUCAACCGCAAUACCAACAUCCUCCACAACGGACUCUACGACAACGUCCACCACAAGUUCAUCAACGGAGUCAACGACAACAUCCACGGCAAUUCCGACUUCCACAACUAGCGAAAGCACAUCAACCGCAAUACCAACAUCCUCGACAACGGACUCUACGACAACGUCCACCACAAGUUCAUCAACGGAGUCAACGACAACAUCCACGGCAAUUCCGACUUCCACAACUAGCGAAAGCACAUCAACCGCAAUACCAACAUCCUCCACAACGGACUCUACGACAACGUCCACCACAAGUUCAUCAACGGAGUCAACGACAACAUCCACGGCAAUUCCGACUUCCACAACUAGCGAAAGCACAUCAACCGCAAUACCAACAUCCUCCACAACGGACUCUACGACAACGUCCACCACAAGUUCAUCAACGGAGUCAACGACAACAUCCACGGCAAUUCCGACUUCCACAACUAGCGAAAGCACAUCAACCGCAUUACCAACAUCCUCGUCAACGGACUCUACGACAACGUCCACCACAAGUUCAUCAACGGAGUCAACGACAACAUCCACGGCAAUUCCGAAUUCCACAACUAGCGAAAGCACAUCAACCGCAAUACCAACAUCCUCCACAACGGACUCUACGACAACGUCCACCACAAGUUCAUCAACGGAGUCAACGACAACAUCCACGGCAAUUCCGACUUCCACAACUAGCGAAAGCACAUCAACCGCAUUACCAACAUCCUCGUCAACGGACUCUACGACAACGUCCACCACAAGUUCAUCAACGGAGUCAACGACAACAUCCACGGCAAUUCCGAAUUCCACAACUAGCGAAAGCACAUCAACCGCAAUACCAACAUCCUCGACAACGGACUCUACGACAACGUCCACCACAAGUUCAUCAACGGAGUCAACGACAACAUCCACGGCAAUUCCGACUUCCACAACUAGCGAAAGCACAUCAACCGCAAUACCAACAUCCUCGACAACGGACUCUACGACAACGUCCACCACAAGUUCACCAACGGAGUCAACGACAACAUCCACGGCAAUUCCGACUUCCACAACUAGCGAAAGCACAUCAACCGCAAUACCAACAUCCUCCACAACGGACUCUACGAAAACGUCCACUACAAGUUCAUCGACGGAGUCGUCGACAACAUCCACGGCAAUUCCGACUUCCACAACUAGCGAAAGCACAUCAACCGCAUUACCAACAUCCUCGUCAACGGACUCUACGACAACGUCCACCACAAGUUCAUCAACGGAGUCAACGACAACAUCCACGGCAAUUCCGAAUUCCACAACUAGCGAAAGCACAUCAACCGCAAUACCAACAUCCUCCACAACGGACUCUACGACAACGUCCACCACAAGUUCAUCAACGGAGUCAACGACAACAUCCACGGCAAUUCCGACUUCCACAACUAGCGAAAGCACAUCAACCGCAAUACCAACAUCCUCGACAACGGACUCUACGACAACGUCCACCACAAGUUCACCAACGGAGUCAACGACAACAUCCACGGCAAUUCCGACUUCCACAACUAGCGAAAGCACAUCAACCGCAAUACCAACAUCCUCCACAACGGACUCUACGACAACGUCCACUACAAGUUCAUCGACGGAGUCGUCGACAACAUCCACCGCGAUUCCAACAUCUUCAACAUCGGACUCAUCGGACUCUACUACUACGUCCACUGCAAGUCCAUCAGAUUCUACGACAACUUCCACUGAAAGUUCGACGUCCACAACAACCGAAAGUACUUCAACAUCCACUGCAAUCCCAACAUCCUCAACAUCGGACUCUACUACUACGUCCACUGCAAGUCCAUCAGAUUCUACGACAACUUCCACUGAAAGUUCGACGUCCACAACAACCGAAAGUACUUCAACAUCCACUGCAAUCCCAACAUCCUCAACAUCGGACUCUACUACUACGUCUACCGCAAGUUCAUCAGAUUCAGCGACAACCUCCACAGCUAUUCCGACGUCUACAACAACUGGAGGUAUAUCGACAUCCACAGCUAUUCCACAAACAAAAUCCACAGAUUCAAUUUGCAAUGAGUACCCAAUGCUUCCUAACUGUCAAUCUGAAAAGGCAGUGAAUCUCAAAAAAAUUGAAUCUAAUAUGUUUGAAACGAAUCCAGAAGUUAGUGUAUUUAAGCCCGAGCAGAAACUCACAAUAACGUCGAUGCCCCAGUCCGUGACUUCGCUGUGCCACUUUUAUCCCCGUCUAUGCUUGAAACCGGAAGAAGCCCAAUUUGUACGCCUGGCUGAUGAAUAUGGAAAACCCUUAUUGUUGAUUUCGUCAAUCGAGGGACGAUCCGUCUACGCUCAAAAGCUUCCUGCUUUGUGGCGCGCUAUAAGGAGAACCCAUAGGAAUAAGUAA